AUGACAGAGCCGAACUCAGCAUCGUCCGUCAAUGACAAAAUACCUUCAACAAAUGAAACUGAACAAAAAGAGACAACUGAAAUAAAAAAUAAUGAACCGAACCAGGAAGUAGUAACUACAGCAUCCACUGAAACUUCUACUAAUGAAAAUGUUCCUGAAGAGAUUAAGCCUGAAGAAAAAACAGAAAUACUAGACGCAUCACUGAAUACAAAAGAGCCUGAAAAUCAAUCGAAAGAACCAUCAAGUGAACGUCAAUUUCAAGAUGCUGAAAAAGCAACAGAAGACGACGAAGAAGCAUGUGAUGAUAAUGAUUCCGAAUAUGAAGAUGUCGACGACGAAGAAGGUGAAGAAAUUGAAGAAGAUCAUCAAGCGUCAACUUCGAAUCAGCCAGCAAAUAAAGCUGCAGCCGAUGAAGAUGAUGAACGUAUUAAUAUAAAACCUCGUCGUUUACCAAAAAAACGUGAUGAAAACGAACAUUCAGAAGGCAAUGAAGAUGAGGAUAAUCAAAACGCAACAAAUGCCAAAGCAAAACAACCUCGUCGAAAUGACAAAAAAUCAGAUAAUAAUCGUGAGACAGUUGAUGAUGAUAAUGAUGCUCGGAAUCCAGCAUAUAUUCCACGUAAAGGAAAAUUCUAUGAACAUGAUGAUCGAACAAAUGAUGAGCCAGAAGAAUCAAAACAAGAUACAACAAAAAAUCGAAAUCGAACAUAUCGAGAUUCAGAUGCUAAAUGGCAACAUGAUAAGUUUUAUGAAGAUGAAUCAAGCGCUCAUCAAUCGAGUUAUCAGGGACGCGGACGAGGACGUGGACGCGGUGGCUUUAGACGUGGUGGUCGAGGCGGUGGCGACGAAGGUGAUGAUAGAAAUCAAUUACACUUGAACGAUUACAUGGCUCCAAAUCAAAGAGGACGAGGUGGUGGUGGCGGUGGUUAUCGCCAGCAGCAGCAACAACAAUACUAUGAAGAAGGAACUGAUUAUCGUCGACGACCUCCCCCAUUCGCUAAACCACGCAAUGAUAGAACAAAUAAUUUUAAUUUUGAAGAUUAUAAUCGUCCACCAUCACAUGCUAAUAAUCGUGGUCGUGGUAAUCGAAAUAAUUAUAAUGAACAACAGGCACCACCUCGUCGACAACGACAUGAUAUUGAACAAUAUCAACCUGAAGAACAAUCAGCACCUCCAUCUCGUAACAAUCAACAACAAUUAACAGCUGAACAAGCAUUUCAUCGUGAAAGAAAUUUUACGAAUACUCAAUACCAGCAACAACGUAAUGUACCAAGAAAUAAUAAUAAUAACAAUAAUUAUAACAAUCGUGAUGAUCAAAAACGAUCAACUGGACAAAUAAAUGAAGUCAAUCAAGAAGAUAAUAGAAAUCGUAAUCAACGUCGUGAAAAUAAUGAACCAUCACGUCGCCAAGGAAAAUUCAAUAGGAAUCCACAACAACAAAAUGAACCUGGUUCUGGAAAUUCAAAUCUCUCAGCUGAAGCACCCAGUUUUGAACGUCCUAAACGUUAUUCAAAUAUGCGUAGUAAUGUUUCAAAUUCUGGUCAACAGCAACCACCAGUUCAACAAUCUCAAAUACAAAUGCAACCAUAUCAAGAUCAGCGUGCUGGCUAUUAUGAACAAAAUCAUUGGCAACCAACACCCCCACCUCCAACGACAUAUCUUCCGCAACAGCAGCAAAUGAUGCCAACACAAAUGUAUCAUCCACAGCCACCAAUACCAGCUCCACAGCCUUAUUUUGUUCCACCACAAUAUCAACAACCUGCACAAUAUGUGCCUAUGAAUUAUCCGCAAGGAUCUAUACCUCCACAACUUCAAGAUAAAUGA